AGAACUACACUUCCCGCGAUGCCGCAGGAGCAGCAUCCCUGCCUCGGGAAAUUGGGCUGCCCUAAAUGCGUGGCAGACUCCGAUCAGCACCGAAUCCCGAACUAACCACCGACUCUACCCACGCCACAGCCUCGAUAGAAUUAUUAUUUUUUCCCCCUUUCCUGCCAAAGGCUUCGCUUCCGUUCCAGCUCCAAUUUCCGACGCCAUUCUUUUCUUGGAAAUGCUUCUAUGGGAAACACAGAUGCACACAAACCGUAAUGGAGCGAACAAAGCGCAUGCGCCCACGGUGUCCGCUCGGGCAGCAAAGAGGCCCGCCAGUCUCCCAGCUCAAUCGCCCCACGCAUGCGCAGAUUAUAAACCAACACCCGGGGAGUUGAGGCGCGGGUUUGCUGGCGCGUUUUUUAGCGAAGUCGCACGUGAAGGAUAGUGGUGGCCGGAGCAGGGCACAAGCAUGGCAGGCUCAGACAGCAAUCCAUCAUGGAGCAGGCAUCUGUUCAGAGCUGUCCUGAUGGUCUUUGUGGCCCUUCUCCUCGUCCACUCAUCAUCAUCCCAGUCCUAUCGAGACUUCGCCUCACCUGGCCAACAGAAGAGGGAGGCCUCAGCCGAUCUUUUGACCCAGAUUGGCCGAUCUCUGAAGGAGACGCUGGAUGCCUGGCUGGGGCCAGAGACCAUGCAUGUGAUUUCAGAGACCCUGUUACAGGUGAUGUGGGCCAUCUCAUCAGCCAUCUCUGUGGCCUGCUUUGCCCUGUCUGGGAUCGCUGCCCAGUUGCUGAGUGCCCUGGGGCUGGAUGGUGAACAUCUCACCCAGGGCCUGAAGCUUAGCCCCAGCCAAGUCCAGACUCUUCUGCUGUGGGGAGCAGCAGCACUGGUCAUCUACUGGCUGCUGUCCCUGCUCCUGGGCUUGGUCUUGGCCUUACUAGGGCGGAUCCUGGGGGGUCUAAAGCUUGUCCUCUUCGUGGCUGGCUUUGUGGGACUGGUGAGGUCUGUGCCCGACCCAUCCACCCGGGCCUUGAUGCUCCUGGCCUUGUUGACUCUCUUUGCCUUGCUGAGCCGGCUCACUGGCUCCAGGGGCUCAGGGACCCACCUGGAAGCUAAGGUGAGAGGGCUGGAGCGCCAGAUAGAAGAGCUUCGUGGGAGGCAGAGGCGAGCAGCCAAGGCAACCCGGAGUAUGGAGGAGGAAUGACAGGGAUGUCCCACAGUGACACCCUCACCAUACCAAAGAGCUGAGCUGCUUCUGGGUCUCAUGGCCCUCCUUGUAGCCCCCUGCCCUUUCCUUGCCUGUGUCUGAACCCUUGACACCUUUACCCCUGCACUAGCCCCUAGCUGAGAGAAGAGAACCUGUCCUCUGCAGGUGUUCAGUCAAGGGAUGACUCCCUGCCCUCUCUCUGUUCCCAGCCUGCCUCCCCCAGGGCAGGUUGGAGGGGCCUCAGCUCUGGCUUCUGCUCUCAGCCAGCACCACUGCCCACUGAUCUCCAUGAUGAUUAACCUGCUGCUGCCUGGCUUCCUUACAAAAGGCCCUCCCGGACUGACGCUCCUGUUUGACCACACCCCAGCUCUCUUCUUCCUACUCAGACUCCCAUCACACCACCCUCCCAAGUCCCUCGAGACCCUCACUGUCUUCCUCUUUGCACAGCAGUGGGAAGGGCAGGAGAUGCUAGACCUGAGGAUAAGAGAGAAACAAGGUCCCCGGAAGCCUGCGCAUCUGGGUUCCAUUACAAGUGCCUUAACGGGAGUCAACAGCACCCUCCAAUUGCCCUUUGCCACACGGAAUGUAGGAAAGUGUGCUAUGGUUACUUUGUGUUCAGAGAGAGUAGUCCCUUGCAGAAUCCCGACCCUCUUGCAGCCAAAGCAAAGGCUAACUCUCCUGCAGUUGGGGCCCUGCAGGGACUGUCCGAUGUCCUUUGGGGAUUUCAGGGACUUUGAGAAACGCAGGAGGACCCAUUGUCUUGCAUUUCUCCUGUCUACUCUCUGCCAUCCCCAAGCAACUGUUGAUCAGCGUUGUGUCCCAGCAGCUGGGAAGAGCAUGGCCUUGUCCUGCCUUGCCCUGAUGUGUUCUACAGGGCCCAGGGGGAGCCCGCCACUAAGCCUCUCCACCAGGGCACUUGCUCACUCUUGGCCUUGGCCCUUAGGGCCCUCAUGGAGGGAGGUGUCCUGUGCCAGGUCCAGCACAAGAUGUGAAGAAUAAAUGCCCAUUCUUACUGAUAAGGUUUGAUGUGGAAUCACGGCCGCAGUGGUAUCUAUUUUUAUCAGUGCUUGGUUGGUUUAAAAUAAAGUGCACGCUAUUUUAUUAUCUUCUUCUGAAUAAAAUGUGUUUACUCAAA